AUGGAGAACGAAGAAUCUGACGAGCCGAUGCAGAAGAAACCUCAUCUUUUAGACUCUGUUUCUCCGACUGCCAUGGCUCGUAAUUCCUCACCUUCGCAUCCAAUCGCUAAAAGUGUUGAUGCAACGGUUCUACAGUGCCAGAAUCAGAAACUGGUCCAGCAAUUAGACUUGCAGAAGAAACAGCUUUACGAUGUUGAAACCAAGAUCGAAGAGUUGCAAAUCAAUCAAACAUCUUAUGAUGAUGAACUUAUCUCAGUUAAUCGGAUUUGGAACCAGUUGGUAGAUGAUCUGGUGUUGCUUGGAGUUCGUGCUGGAGCUAAUCAAGAAGCUCUAAAAUACUUGGACAUUGCUGAGAAAAAGCGAGGUUCUGUUCCGCCAUGCGCUGCUGAUGAAAUGUUUCUAUGUAGACUUCUGCAAGUAGAUUUCGUAAAUACUAGAAAUAGUGAUGAGGUAGUAAGAAAGGUUGAAGAAGCUCUUGCUUUGCGUCACUCCUCUACAUUGGAGUUGAUGGGAGUCUUUGAAAACACCAUUGCUACACAGAGGGCGAAAGUCGAAAGCAUAUCACAAAAUUUACGUGCUGUGAAUUCGGCAGAAGAUGCCACCAUCCAGUUGUCUAACAUUAACGAUUUAAUGAAAGAGGAGGCUAAAAACUUGCGUGAGAUGAUUGAUGCUUUACAUGUAAGGAACAAAGAACAUACCGAGCAGAUUCAAGAGUACAUAAGCAGCCAUUCAACAGAUCAAUCCGAGCUUAAACACCUCAAAGGUGAAUUGGAAGAGAUCAAGGCCGAGCUUGAAGAAAAUAGAAGAAAAUUGAUAAAUCUGAAAAUGCAGAAGGAUGCUGCGUGUGAAGGUCAUGUAACAUCACCAGCAAUAGCUAAUGGAAGCAUUUCUCCCGAGAAGCCUGUAGAUAAAACGAAGUUGCGUGAAUUGAAGGACUCAAUUGAUGAAAUAAAGAUAGUCGCAGAAGGUCGUCUGUUGGAGCUUCAAGCUGCACAAGAGUAUAAUCUUUCCCUGUCAAGACAAUGUCAAGAUGUUGAGAAUGAACUAAAGGAUGAUCAGUAUAUAUACUCAUCUAGACUGUAUAGUUUGAUCAAAGAUCAACUUCAUCACUGGAAUGCUGAACUGGACCGGUACAAAAUUCUUAGUGAGGCCGUUCAGGCUGAAAGGUCCUUUGUAAUGAGACGGGAGAAGGAGAUAAAUCUAAGGGCAGAAUCCCUGGAGGCAGCUAUCAAUAAGACUACCACUGUUGGUUCUAGAAUUGAAGAGCUGGAACACAAGCUGCAGAGUUGUAUAGUUGAAAAGAAUGGAUUGGAGCUUGAAACAGAAGAAGCUAUUCAAGAUUCUGAGCGAGAAGAUAUUAAAAGUGAGUUUAUUACAAUGGCGUCAACCUUAUCUAAAGAGAUGAAAAUGAUGGAAGCGCAAUUGAAACAGUGGAAGGACUCUGCACAUGAUGCUCUUUACCUGCGUGAACAAGCUCAGUCGCUGAGAGUUUCGUUAAGUAACAAGGCAGACGAACAGAAGGGUUUAGAGGAUAAAUGUGCCGAACAGAUGGCGGAAAUUAAAUCUCUCAAAGCUCUAAUUGAGGAACUGCUGAAAGAAAAGGUAGAGCUGCAAAAUCUAGCUAGCAUCUGUACACGUGAUUGUAACGAUGAAAGAGGAUUGGCAGAAAUCAUGGAAUCACAACGAAAAGCUCAUGCUCAGGCCGAAGAGCUGAAAAACGUCUUAGAUGAACACUUUCUUGAAUUGAGAGUGAAAGCGGCUAAUGAGACUGAAACUGCUUGCCAAGAAAGGCUUGCUAAAGCUAAGGCUGAAAUUGCCGAAUUGAGGACUCAGUUAGAUCUUUCCGAGAGAGAGGUUUUGGAACUGAAGGAAGGUAUUAAAGUUAAAGAGCAGGAAGCCGAGGCAUUGAUUGCUGAAAUGGAGACUGUCGGUCAAGCCUACGAAGACAUGCAAACACAGAACCAGCAUUUGUUACAGCAGGUGGCUGAACGGGAUGAUUACAAUAUCAAGCUUGUUUCCGAGAGUGUCAAGACAAAGAAUGCUUACAACACUCACUUAUCUGAGAAGCAAGUAAUGGAAAAGCAGCUCCAGCAAGUAAACACAUCGGUAGAGACUCUAAAAGCAAGGAUUGCACAUAAUGAGGAAAAGAUGAAAGGCUGUUUCUCUGAGGCUUAUAAAUUGAUUCAAGAAGAUCGUCACCUCGUUCUCAGUCUUGAAACCACCAAGUGGGAAUUAGCUGAUGCCGAAAAGGAAUUCAGGUGGCUCAAAUCGGCUGUUUCUUCAUCCGAGAAGGAAUAUGAACAGAUCAGCAGGAGGACAAACGAUAUCAAACUGGAAUUGGAUGAUGAAAGGAGUGAGAAGAAGAAGCUCGAGGAAGAGCUGAUGGAGUUGAACAAGGAGCUUGAAGAGUUGAGUUCUGAGAGUGUAGAAGCUGCAAUACUGAGACUCCAAGAAGAGGUUAAGAAUUGCAAAAACAUCCUCAAGUGUGGUGUUUGUUUUGAUCGGCCUAAAGAGGUGGUAAUUGUGAAAUGUUAUCAUCUCUUCUGCAAGCAAUGCAUCCAAAGAAGCUUAGAGAUCCGACACCGCAAAUGUCCAGGCUGUGGCACCGCUUUUGGUCAGAGCGACGUUCGGGUUGUCAAAAUGUAA